AAAAAAUUGGACUGUUUUGGGGCCCAGCAUGGCGCUUCCAGAGCUGGAAGUCCGCAGUGCAGAUAGCGGUGCCCAGGCAACGGCGGAUGGGUCGACGGCAGGCGAUGGCAUGGCAGCAGUCGCUGCUGAGGAGUACGAGGCCAUUGCUAAGCGGCUGCAGAGGGACGAGGAGCUGAUCAAGCAGCUGAAGCACAUCGUGAAGGCCCAGCACGGCAAGAUCGAGGAGUUCCGGGAGAUGCUGGAGGUUACCAGCUCCAAAAGUGCCUUGAUCUCCUCCUACGAAGCGGAGGACUUCAAAAAGGCCGUGGAGAGCAACCAGGAGCUGCACCAGCAAAUCCACAGGCUCCAGGCCGAGCUGGCCAAGUACAAAGCGGAGAACAGUUCGCUGAAGAAGGUGAACCGCCGCCUCAAGGGCUUGCUGCACAGCGACUCCUCCGGGUGGCAGAUGUCCACGCAGAGUGAUAUGCCUCCUCCGCCCAGCGAGUGCCUGCCGGAGGUCCCGGCCUUGGCGUCCACGGCGCCGGAACGGAGCUGGUCCAAGGGCCCGCUGAGCGUGAACUCCGGCCGGACCGAGUUGCUGGGCCGGCUGCCCCUCGGCUCUCUGACCUGCAGAGGACACUUCAACCGUGGAAGACUGGACUUUGACGACCGGGAUCGGUCAUCCUCCAGAAGCCCGCCCAGGAGGCAGGAUGAGGAUGCGAGGAAGCAGAAGGUUCCCCAGUUCUCCCGGGUGUCGCAGCUCAUCAACUCCAUGAACUUGCUGUGGCGGGACUUCGAGUCUGCCCUGAGCUGCCUGCGGGCCACCGCCGACGUGGCGGCCAGGCUGCUGGCAGACCGGCGCGUGGCCAACAUCACGGUGUUUAUGGUGGAUCCGUGGUUGCGAAAGGCUGUCACUGCGCCUCUGGCGAAGUCGGAGCAGCUGACGAUUUUCUACCUGGGCCAAGGGAAGACCGAGCUGCAGGUGCUGCUGCGGCUCGAGGAGAGCAAGGUUUGCCCGCCGCUCUUCACCGACCUGCAGGCGCUGCCCUUCCGAUCGCGGACCGGCGCGGCGCUGCCAGUGCUGACGCCCAACCGCUCCAGGGUUUGGGCGGUGCUGCAAGUGACCCUGGAGGACUCCUUGCGAACCGCUGAGGCGACCCCGGUUCCUAGGGUGCUGCAGGAUGCUGGCGUGUCGCAGGACCCCUAUGCUGCCAGCCAGUGCUUCACCGAUUCCCACGUGAGCUAUCUGCAGCUUUUAUGCAGCUUCAUGGGUGGCGUGCUGCUCCACGUAGAGAGGCUGGAGCAAAGAGCCAAGGUGGUGGAGCGAACUCGCUCCAUCUUGGAGGCAGCGAUGGAUGUGAACAAGGCCAAGACGCUGGCGGACUUUGAGCAGCGUGUGAAGCACAUGCUCUCGGGCUUCUUCAGCGUCAGCACCAUUCGAAUUCUCUUCUACGACCCUGAGAACAAGGCCCUGCUCCUUGCCUCCUCCCAAAUGCGCAAGAAGGGCGCCACCAGCAUCGGCGCGCAGAAGGGCAUCCUGGGCCAGUGUGCCCAAAAGCAGCAGGUCAUCAACAUUCCGGACAUCCACCAAAAUCCGUUCGUGGACCCCAUGGCGGACGGCCUGCAGCGCAGCGGCAGACCCGUGGGCGCGCACGCCGGGAUGUUGGUGGGGCCCAUGCUGGUGGAGACCUCCGAGCGCUCCGGCCAUGAGCUCCUGGGCGUGGUGCAGCUGCUCGAGAAGAAGCGCCGCGCCGCGGACGGGUCGCAGCAGCCCAGCGAGUUCACCCUGGACGAGCAGCAGCUCUUCAGUCAGCUGCUGACCGUUUGUUCGCAUGCUGGCUCGAGGACGAUCAGAGUCCAGCAGCUCGCCGCGCAGAUCAACGGCACGCCGAACCACGUGCAGGCCCUGCUCUGCGGGUGAGACGUGAAAAAACCACGCGGACC